UAUGAAGUCAUUUCAAAACCUACCAACAACAAACAGCCUGAAACAAGCACAAGAGAAAUCUUUGUGGUUUUCUGAGCGAAAAGUUCCUAAAGACAGCUUUUAUUGACAAUGAAAGUUCAAGGAAAAUCUAUCACUGAGGCGAAAGCUCAUGAAACUGGGAUUGUUCGGAAUGUGAGUGCCACGAAGGAACUUCCUACUGUUUUAGACAACGAAACAAGAACCCUGUAUGAUCUUUUAGCGAAUGCAGUCAAACGCCAUGGAGAUAACCAUGCUGUUGGUUAUCGAGAUCUAAUUAAGGAACAUGUGGAAGAGAAGAUGAUUACGAAGGUUGUAAACAAUGAAAAGAAAGAAGUCCCCAAAAAGUGGUCCUACUUCGAGCUUUCCGAUUACAAGUACCUUAGCUUUAACCAAUUCUAUGAUAAGACCAUGCGUCUUGCUGGUGGUUUGCGUAAAUUCGGUUUGAAGGCUGGUGACAAGUUGGAACUCUAUGCAUCCACUACCGCUUCUUGGUUCAUAAUGGCUCAUGCCGCUAUGUCUCAGUCUAUGUCAAUUGUUACAGCUUAUGAAACUUUGGGUGAGGAAGGUCUUUUGCAUUCUUUACGUGAGACCGAUGUUCAUGCAAUCUAUACCGAAGCCAAUCUUUUGAAGAGUCUAGUCAAUCCUUUGAAGGAAGUCAACUUGCAUUAUAUUGUCUACCGUGGCAAAGCUAAACCUGAAGAUGUUGAGGCAUUAAAGCAAUCUCGUUCAGAUAUCAAAUUAAUCUCCUACGAGGAACUUGAGUCUUAUUCGGAGCCUGCCACUCCUGAACCUCCCUCCCCUGAAGAUCUUUGUUGUACAAUGUACACUUCUGGUAGCACUGGUCUGCCUAAGGGUGUAUUAUUAACUCACAAAAACAUGGUAGCUUUGGUGACGGGUAUCUGCAAGGUCAUUCCUGAAGUUACUUCGAAAGACUAUCUUUUGGCAUAUCUUCCAUUGGCUCAUAUUCUAGAAUUUGCUUUUGAAAAUCUAUGCUUAGCCUGGGGUGGCACCAUUGGUUAUGCCGGUGUUCGCACCUUAACGGACACAAACUGCAGAAACUGCCAUGGUGAUAUACUUUCUUUCAAGCCUACGAUUAUGGUGGGUGUUCCUGCCGUCUGGGAGAUGGUCCGUAAGGGUAUAACCAGCAAGUUGGGUGCCGCUUCCUCCGUUAAGAAAUCUGUUUUCUGGGCUGCUUAUCACGCAAAGCUUCGCAUGAUGCGUCACGGAAUUCCUGGUAGUUCCUUUUUAGAUGCCGCUAUUUUUAAUAAAAUUCGCAGUGCUGGUACUGGUGGUCGCUUGCGUUAUGUGUUGUCAGGUGGUUCAGCCUUGUCUCCUGAUACAAAGCAAUUUUUGAGUGUUGUUCUCUGCCCGGUUUUAAUUGGAUAUGGUCUGACCGAGGUUAGUGCCGCUGCAAUGAUCGAAACACCUUCUACCUUCAAUAUCGAUGACUCUGCUGGUGUCAUUUUACCUUGCACCGAAAUGAAAUUAAUCGACUGUGAAGAAGGUUCUUACUACACAAACGCUAAUCCCCCUCGUGGUGAGAUUUUACUUCGUGGACCUUCUUUGACACAGGGUUACUUGAAUCGUGAGAAAGAGAAUAAGGAGAGCUUCAGCGAGGAUGGCUGGUUCAUGACUGGUGAUGUUGGAGAACUGACUCCUCAUGGAUUAUUAAGAAUUAUUGACCGUAAAAAGAAUCUUGUCAAGACUCAAAAUGGUGAAUAUAUUGCUUUGGAGAAGUUGGAGUCUCGAUACCGUUCUAGUUCUCUUGUUGCUAACAUCUGCGUCUAUGCUGACCAAUCGAAGGUCAAGCCCAUUGCCAUCAUCGUGCCCAACGAAGCCGCUGUUCAUAAAUUGGCCGUUGAAAAAGCAGGUGUUGAAGAAAAUGCCUCUUGGGAAAGUGUAUGUAAGAACAAGAAGGUGCGUCACAUGGUUUUGGAAGACCUUUUGAAAAUUGGACGCUCUCACCGUUUCUCCAAUAUUGAACUUAUUCAAAACGUUGUCCUUGUCCCAAUUGAAUUUACUCCAGAAAAUGGUUUAGCUACAGCUGCUCAAAAGCUCCAGCGCCGUAAGAUUGUUGAACGCUUCAGCAAAGAUGUCAAUGAAGCUUAUGCUGAGUAAACGUUUAUUUGAUGAGCAAAUUUUAUGAUUAUUUGGGGUUGUUGUAUUAAUGCACGUUAACUUUAUAAUAACAGUUUGUUAGUACGAGACGAUACUUUUUUAAACGAUAUUAGGUAUAUUUAUCGGUUUUUUUUUGCUUUGUUUUUGAACUGAAAGCACGUAUAAACCGUUCUUUUCGCUAUUGAACUGGGAAUCUUGUUUCUACUGUUGGUUUUCUAAUUAAGACAUUUUUUUUGUGAAUAAAAUUUUUUUACAACUUAUAUAA